GGAGAGGACCACAGAGGCACACACAUGUUGUAGAGUAGUGAAACAGCCCAUAAGAGGUUUGAGUCAGAGCAACGGACGAUACCUGUGCACAUUUGAACAUGGCUUACCUGCUAAUGUUUGUGACCCUGCUGCAUCUCAUCACCCUGGCCAUGCUGUUCAUUGCAACCAUGGAGAAGUCCUGGUGGGUGUGGGACGGCCUGGAGAACUCAGAUCUGUGGUACAACUGUAGGUUCGACAACUUCACGGGAACCUGGCUUUGCUCAUCCUCCAAAGAAUCCGAGUGGCUCCCGGCAGUGCAGGUCCUCAUGGUUCUGUCAGUGGUCUUCUCUUCGAUCUCCUUCUUGGUGUUCCUGGGUCAGCUCUUCACCAUGUCCAAGGGCGGACUCUUCUAUUUCACCGGGUUGUGUCAAAUCUUUGCAGGUCUGACAGCCUCCUCUGCAGCCCUCAUCUACACACUACAUAACAAGGAAAUCCUCCCCAGCUCCAAAGAGCUGACCUCUGGACACUUUGGCUACUGCUACAUCCUGGCCUGGGUGUGUGUCCCAUUGUUGCUGGGCAGCGGCGUCAUAUACAUUCACCUGCGUAAGAAAGAGUGAUACAAGAAAAGAACAACAAACACCAUGCCAACAGCAGUAUUAGGAAAUAAAGUAUUGACCCGACUUCUCAAUUUUGUCACAAUUUCCAAAAUGUCCAUGUUAUGUGUGAUUAUGUUUAUGGAUUGUAGAUACUUGUAUAUUGGAAAAAAUACCUGGAAAUAUUUGUCGUUCUCUGAAGCUAAUUCAAAAUCAUCAAUUCAAAUCCAAUAAUGCUCUCCUUCUGUUUUAUAUUUUGUUUAUAUCGUUCAUCGUUGUCAUACAUCGAGCAAAGGAAGCAACAUGAUGUAUUUUUCAUUUAGUAUUGUAGACCUUGAGAUAUUUCAAAUUCUUUAAAAUGUGUAUUUAGUAGCUACUCCUAACUAAAAUCCUAUAAUAAUGCUUUGUUAUUACAUAUAUUUUAAGCAUAAUAUUGACAUUUGUUUUUACAUUUGAUAUCAAAUAAACUAAUUGUUUAUAUCAGGAAUAUAUUAAUAAUAACAAAUAAA